AUGGAGAAUAACCUACUUGAGAGUCUUCUUGACCUCGAAGAAGAAUUCUACCAGGAGGGGUAUGACUUAGGGGUUUCUGACGGCGCAAAAGCCGGCUAUACCGAAGGAAGUGUGUUUGCUGUCGAGAAGGGAUUCGAAAAAUUCAUCGAGCUCGGGCGUCUUUACGGGAAAGCUCUCGUCUGGGCCCAACGAUUGGCAGACAGUAAGCCAUCUAACAAGUCCGAUCAUGGCCUUACCGAAAGAGACGAUUCCGAUGCCCCCCAGCGGGCCAACGGCCAUGAAGAACAAAUUUCGUUACAGCCAUCUAUCUGCAGGGAGAUGUCAAACUUCCCCUCCAGCUCCAGGCUAGCCAAAAAUAUCGACACGCUCCUCGAGCUGGUUGAUCCUGCGUCUUUACCAAUGCAAAACACCGAGGAAGCAGUCACAGACGUAGACGAGCGCCUGAAAGGCGCUAUCAUCAAGGCCAAACUCAUCCAGCGUGCCCUCGGGGAGAAGGAAGAUACGUCGGAUGUUCAUCCGGAUGCAAAAGACACCCAACCCGCUGGCAACGGGACUGGCAGCAUUGAAGACAUCAGCGCCCUUCACAUCCGCCACUAA